AUGCGGUUUUUGACAAGCGCGGCUGCACAGCAGAUUGACCGGGAUCUGAUGUCGGAAGCCGGAGGGUUUAGCAUUGAUCAGCUCAUGGAGCUCGCCGGACUUUCGUGCGCAGAGGCUGUAUUCCACAGCUACCCGCCUGCCCAACACAAGCGCAUCUUGGUCGCCUGUGGCCCGGGCAACCAGGGCGGCGAUGGUCUUGUAGCGGCGCGCCAUCUGCACCACUUUGGGUACAGCCCUACAAUCUGGUACCCCAAGGCAAAACAGGCCCCUCUAUUUGACACGCAGGUAAGCAAGGAGACGGAUGUCGUUCUCGACUCGAUAUUCGGGUUCUCUUUCCAUGGUGAGCCGCGCGAGCCGUUCCGCUCUGCACUUGAAGCGAUGAUUCGCGCUCAAAAGGCACAGCGCGCUGUGCCGAUUGUCUCGGUCGACAUUCCAUCUUCGUGGAACGUCGAUGAAGGCCCAUCUACAUCCGAGCUGGCCUCUUCGUUCCAGCCCAAUGUCCUUGUGUCACUCACCGCACCCAAAAUGGGUGUCGCUUCGUUUGCAGGCGAGAAGCACUGGCUUGGCGGCCGCUUUGUUGACCCUACGGUAUCAGCCAAAUAUGAUUUACAGCUGCCUGCCUAUCCUAAUACGUCACAAGUAGUAGACAUCACCGGAGCAAAACCGCUUGAUGUGUAG